GGCGGGGUCCCGGCAGUCCCUCAAUCAGCCCGCGGGAAAGCCGGCCGACCAGAGUAGGAGGGGUCUCUGCCGCUGUAGCGGGGCGGACUCCGCGGACCGCCAGGCCACCUGGGUACUGUCCCAGUUGGAGGUGGCCUGCUGCGCCCGGUUUCCUCAGCGCCCGUAGCUCUGGCGGAGUCUGCGCGAUGGGCGAUGCGGAAAGGCCGGAAGCGGCCAGGCCCGAGCAGGAUGAGGUUACAAGGGAAAUGCCAGAACAUGAGCAGGAAAGUCAGCUCAGAGAACAAAUGUCUGGCUGUAAGAGAAUGACACAGCAACAUCAGAAACAGCUGGUGAAUCUGGAAAAAAAGUUAAAGGCUGAAAUGGAUGAGCAUCGCCUCAGAUUAGAGAAAGAUCUUGAAACUCAGCGUAACAACUUUGCUGCAAAAAUGAAGAAACUUAUCAAGAAACAUCAGGCUGCAAUAAAAAAAGAGAAAAUCUUGAGCUUAUGUAUCAUGAGAAGGAUGCUUUCUAUCUGAAGUCUGACUACGACUGUGAGACAUCAUUUUUCCCCUUGAUUUUUUAACAGUAUCUGUGAAAAUCAGACUAGUGUCUACAAGCUUUCAAACUGAGAAGGCUGCCACAACAGGGAACAAAAAGGAAGGGUUAAACAGCAAACAACUAACCUCUUCCAAGCCCCAGAGAAAUGAAGUCGUAUCAGAUUUAUGGUCUGACCAAAGACACUAAACAAGCUUUCAGUUUGGUUUACUUCUGGGUGCUGCUCACUUUAAAACUGUAAUUCAUUUUAUACACAUGCUUUAAAUAUCUUUUGGUGGGAAACCCUACUAUGUAACCACUACAAAGACAAAAUAAAUCUGGAAAAUCAUUAUGAAUUCUGAUUGUGAUAAGCAUUAACUAAUGACGGUUAUGAGGGUAGUCAACGUACGAGCCACUCUGUAAACGAUGUUCAUUAGCUGUUUUGAAGAUACAGCAAAGUAUAAAAUUUUACUUAGAUUCACAAGGAGAGGGUGAAUCUUAGCUUUGCUUCUGUGUUUUGUUCAGGACAACUUGUAUGAAUGGAGUUGAACAGGAAUCAGAGAUACCACUAGGUGUGGUUUAGCUUCUGGUUUGGACACAGAUUACUUGUGAGUGAAUUUCACUUCACUUCAGGAGAGUUAUUCAGGUAAGUGUUGUUACCUGAUAGUUUUAUAGUUAAAUGGUCAAAGAGUUUGAAAAAGGGUAUAAAGAAGAUAGUGUGGAACCGGGGCCUUAUUGGAUGUAAAUACAAGUUUACAACGUGCAGACGUGUACAGAUUAACUGAGGUACUACUGUGGGUGACAACAUAUAUAGCGGGUCAUUUUGGGUUUUUGUUUAUUAAGAUUCAUGUGAUUAUACUUCACAUAUUCAUUACAAGUGAUAAAAUUUGAAAAUUCCUUGGAAUUGUUAACUAUGGUUGAUUUUGGUAGAGGGGGCUGGACCAGGUGGCCUAAAGAACAAGGAGAGGGAAACCUUUAACUUUAUAAUAAAUACACUUUGGCAUCUUUUGAAUUUUGUAUCAUAUAAAUAAAUUUCUCUAUCAAAGCAAAUACAAAAUUUAAAGUCCUUUGAUAUUAUAUAUCACCAACACUUGUCUUUCCUUAUUUGUCUACAAGAGAGCAUAUAAUACCUUGCUUCACUCUGAUGUACUAAUUAAAAAAAUACACUCCAACUACACAUGCCCUGGUCUUACCUAUGUUACCAAACACAGAAAGAAUGGGAGUAACAGUGUGAUAAUUCCACUAUUCCUCUAAAGAUGAGUACUGACAAUGAAGGGAGAGGGGGUAAAAAGGCAUUUUUCAUUCACUGGUUUCUGUACUAAUUAAGAACUUACUGCCUCUUUUGGAUACAAAUCACAUUCAGAGGAAAUAAGAUUCCAAAACUAUAAAACUUGGAACAACAGAGAGAAGCCAGCAGGUUAGUAUGUUGAUAUGUAGAUUAUAGUACCAA